AAAUGGUAAUAAAAUUUGAGGGGCAGCAAAAGUGAAAGCCCACUAAUAGAACACUCCACUCCACCAGAGAUAUAUUUGAUUAGCAAUUUCUUUCUUGCUUCUCACUCCUCCUCCACUCUGAAAAAUCAUCUCACUCAUCUUUUCUCCCUCACUUUCCAUCAUUUCCCCACCAUCCAAACACCAAUUUCGUCCAUUUUCCCACUUCCCAAACAUACCCAUCUCAGAAAAAUCUCAUUAUCCAGUUUCAGCCCUGAAGAACACAAAAAAGAAUAAACCCCAAAAUCUGUCUCUGUUUCAAUCUCUGUUCGUUGGCGUUGUUGGGUUUGUUUCUGGCCAUGGUUUCGUUCCCAUUUGUUCUUCCAUUUGCAAUUUUUCUUUCCUUUGGCCUUCUCUUCGUCUUCCCUCUCAAGCAAUCCCAAUUCUCCUUCUUCGGCGAUCUCCAGGACAUCGCUCUCUUCCACAGAGCCACUCUACAGUCAUCCCAUGCCGGCGGUGGUGGCGGUGCCGGUGGCGGCGGCGGCGGCAUUUCUUCCGUUUCGCGAUUAGGUACUAUUCGAAACCCUAAGCCCAAGAUUGCGUUUCUCUUCCUCACUAACUCCGAUCUAUUCUUCGCCCCGUUGUGGGAACGGUUCUUCCGCGGCCAUGGAUUGCUCUUCAACAUCUACAUCCACGCCGAUCCCUCCGUCGAAAUCAACCCUCCCGGCGGUGUCUUCGAAGGCCGAUUCAUUCGGGCCGGGAAGACUGCGCGUGCGUCGCCGACACUCAUCUCCGCCGCGCGUAGGCUUCUCGCUCGUGCGGUCAUCGACGAUCCUCUGAACCUCUACUUUGCCCUCGUCUCUCAACGCUGUAUACCUAUCCAAUCCUUCGAUUUCAUCUUCAAUUACUUCGCUCCGAUAUGCUUUCUCUAUAGAUGGCAAUGGUCCAGUGCUUACGAGGAACCACGGCAAAGAAGAGGGUUAGGUAUUCCUUUGUGGGCAAGUUGUUACGGCAAGUGGGAUAAUUUACAUUUCCUUUGUGGGCCGUAUCCUGAGGCGUUAGGUAUUCAUUCCAUCUCCAUGAGAUCAAAAGCCGAAUCCUYAUGGUUCCUCAUUGUUCCAUCGAAUUUGAGUGAGGAACUUAGAGAAGCAAGAAGGGAUUCUUCUACCGGUCCCGCGGUGGGAGAUAGUCUUCAAUUUUCUUUAUGGAAUUCAUAUUUCUUGGAGAGAGUCAAACUUUCGAUGNCCGAAGUGCCGUUCGAGCGAUUCAGAGUGGGAUCGCAGUUCUUCAUUUUGACUCGGAAGCACGCGGUGCUGGUGGUGAAGGAAAGGAAACUAUGGAGGAAGUUCAAGCUGCCGUGCUUGGACGAGGAACCGUGUUACCCCGAGGAGCAUUACUUCCCGACUUUGCUGUCCAUGGCGGAUCCGGAAGGUUGCAGCCAUUACACCCUGACUAGGGUUAAUUGGACGGGUUGUUGGGACGGGCAUCCACACUUGUACACGCCGGAGGAGGUCUCGCCGGCGCUCAUACACACGUUGAGGCAAUCGAAUUCCAGCUACUCUUACUUAUUUGCCAGGAAGUUCUCGCCGGAAUCCUUGACGCCGUUGAUGCAAAUCGCCGAUGACGUCAUUUUCCGGGACUGAAGCGUCUGCCUGUUGUUUUCUCCAACGGGGACUGAAGGCUGUCCUCUGAUUCUGGGGAGAUUUUUUUUCUUUGGGGAAACCCUUAAAUGGUUGAAGCGUGGAAAGAAGGCCACAACCCAACCCGAAAGUGA